AUGCCUAUCGUGCCAACUGCUCGAUCGCAUCCUCCAAUAGAAGCCGACCAGGCGAUCAUGACGCAAGCGGAGAACAUAGGGCCAAGGGCAAGGCGACUGGAUGCGCUCCCAAAUGAGCUUCUUGGCAAGAUUGCGGAGAAUCUUGAUUGCGGAACGCUGGCCUCUCUAUCUCUUGUUUCCCGGAAGUUCGUUGCCGUCGCACAGGACAUAAUGUACCGCAGACCAGUCGUACGUGCGAAUUGCUCGGAUGGGACGCUACUACUGAUUCGGACGCUUCUACAACGGCCAGACCUGGCGAACAAAGUUCGCAAACUCCACUAUUCCCAGUGUUCUCGGCGUCUGUGCCCCAGCUCAUACGGCGGGGUUGACGUCGGGAACGCUGUUGAAGAGAUGUGCACUGAGUAUCUUCAGCGAUUUGAAGAAUCUAGAAAGAAUAAACCGCCGAUUACCACAGAAUGGGCUCAGAAUCUCCAACGACACAUCUCAGCGUAUAUGGGGGUCCUACUCACCUCGCUUCCUAACAUACAAGAGUUCAGUGGAAACCUGCACGUACUGACACGUAAUCAUAUGGACACUCCUCUGGAAGCGCUGUUCUCAAUACAUGGAGAGUUUAGUCCGAAUGACGGACUCAUAGAACAUAUAGACGCCCUGUCGCCACUGUUUUGCGGCAUACGCAAGGUUGCAAAACUCAGGAUCCCAGCAAGCACGAUCUCCUUGCUAAAUCUUCCCUUCGACAAUCUGAAGUCAUUGGACGUAGACAUGACUUACAUGACUGAGGAAGAUGGUGUAGGUUUGGCUUCGCAAUGGCUUCUGGGUUAUCUGGGAGGUUCCCGUUACAAUGUGGUCAGGACACAUGAGCACCUGUCAACGCUUACUAUUCGGAGCCACUGCUUGGAGUGGAGAGUUAUUUCUCGACGUCAGCAUGGAAGCGUGUACCGCUUGAUUCAAAGGCUCGGCUGUCCUAAAGUCACACGAUUAGCUUUCAUGCUCAGGACAGGCCCAUGGAACAUACAAGGCUGUGAGUUCUCUGGCCGUAUCUCUGGAUUUGAACUUUUCUUCGCCAACCUCGGCGUGUUGUGCGAGUCUUUGGAGAGCGUUACGGUUGAUUACGAGGAGCCACCCGCUGAAUGGGGUAGUCUGCUGUCAAAGCCCGACCCAGGGGUUUAUCCGGAAUUCAUAGGAGAGUGGAAGCCAGCAGGAGACAUCAGACGGUUUAAGAAGAUUAAAACCCUCAGCGUCCUACAAAGAGUUCUCAUGGACAGCACAUAUAGGACGCGCAACACCAACAAUCGUCCCGGCAAUAUCCUUCCCUAUUGCCUUGAGAGUCUCACAAUCAUCUGUCCAAAUCGGAAGAUUCUUAGAUGGAUGAAAGAUUUGAUAGAAGAUUGUUUCCUUUUCCCCCACUUACAGCAUAUUGUGCUCCUCUGCAGAAAGGAAUGGGGUGUUCCAGUUUCCCCAUCCUGGUUGUCUCGCGCUCCGAUUUUCGACAAAUUCCGCAAGGCAGGAAUCACGAUGGAUAUAAUUGGAGAUUCGGGAGAAAGAGGUUUCCCUGAAUAUGGGAUGCAUGGCCAUGGCUGGCAGGAUGAGGACGGAAUAUCGAAGGAAGGUGGGCCUAGCUUUUGGGAGGGCACUUGGGCUGAUGACAAUUGGACCUCCAUGCUCCAUGAAGAGAUUUAG